AUGUUACAAGCAUUGGGCGGCUCUGUGCCUCCGAAUACUGAUCAUGCUGUCAGUGUAUCCUUACCAACAUGGAGGGCCAAUGUGGGGUAUGAAGAGGGUGAGGAUUGGGUUAUGAAGAAGAUGGUGUGCGGUUAUCCUCGAUUCUUUGUUCAUCCUACAAUCCAAAAACUUGCCCAAGAAGUUGUUCGUCGCGUCGGCGACCCAGACCUCGAAUCGGCUACUCUUUUCGCAUCGCUCAAGUCCGCGCGAAUCUGUCACUCCUUUGUCUUCAGUAAGAUACCCGCGGAACAGGCGUACAAAGUCCGCAUCGUCAAUUUCAUUCCAUCUCCGCACACCGAGGCCGGAUCAACAGUCACGUCGUCUCUAUCGUGUAUCAUUCACCCGAAGGAUUAUGCACCAAUUACCAAACAGGUGUGGCAGCAUUCUGGCAAUGGAAUCUCCAGUCGACGCGGUGAAUUCUGCCUGGGCGCCUUGGAGGAUGGCUUCUUGGUGGAGGAUAAAGGCACACCAACCGCGGAAUCCAUUUCGCAGCGUCCCUGCAAAGGGCCGCGAAGAUACCAAAGCAAGAAUGGCCCGAGGAAGGGCUCUAUCGGUGAAUCCCCCCCCAAGGAAACCACCGACGAUGGUCGAGACUACGCCCAAUUCAUCGAGGAGCGCUUUGGCCGAAACCUUAGCACUUCCCUCGCCAAUCAGGCGAAGCAGGCCGUUCGCAGGCGUAUCGCAGGUGUCCUGACGGCUGAUGUUGAGCUAUCAGAAGCUUUGGAGACAACCUCGUCGGAAGGUCGAGUGGCUGGCAUGUCGGAGGAAGAUGUACUGCUUUACCCGUCGGGCAUGAGUGCAAUCUUCAACGCCCACCAGACCUUACUGGCUACUCGGGGGGAGUUACCCUCGAUCUGCUUUGGGUUUCCCUAUACGGAUACUCUGAAGAUUCUUCAAAAAUGGGGCCCGGGUUGUGUGUUCUACGGUCAUGGCUCCUCGGACGACCUCGAUGAUCUCGAAGCUCGGCUGAAAUCUGGCGAGCGCUUCCUAGGGCUUUUUACCGAGGCUCCGGGAAAUCCUCUCCUCAAAACCCCGGACCUCAAGAGGAUCCGCGCGUUGGCAGAUCAGUACGGAUUCGCCGUGGUGGUUGAUGAGACCAUUAGUAAUUUCCUCAAUAUCAAUAUUUUGCCAUUGGCAGAUAUUGUCGUCAGCAGCUUGACCAAGAUCUUCAGCGGUGACAGCAACGUCAUGGGAGGAAGUGCAGUUCUAAAUCCCAAUGCGCAGUAUUAUGCGGCCCUCAAACAAACAUAUGAUCGGGAAUAUGAAGACAUCUACUGGGCCGAAGAUGCGGUUUUUCUAGAACGAAACAGUCGGGACUUUGUGACUCGCAUCGAACAGAUCAACUCUACCACCGAGAACAUUACCGCCAUGCUGAAGGAAUCACCUCUAGUGAAAGAGGUCUAUUACCCAAAAUACAGCCCCACCAAACCACUUUACGACAGCUUCCGUAAUCCCAACGGCGGCUAUGGCGGUCUCUUCUCUGUCACGUUCCAUUCCAACCCUGAGGCUGUUGCGUUCUACGAUACCUUGGAGGUUCUGAAGGGGCCCAGUCUUGGCACAAAUUUCACACUGAGCUCUCCAUAUGUUCUUUUGGCUCACUACGGUGAAUUGGAUUGGGCGAAAUCCUUCAACGUUGAUCCAGACUUGGUGCGCAUCAGCGUUGGGUUAGAAGAGGUACCAGACCUUCGUGCGAGGUUCCAACGGGCGCUGGACGCGGUACAAAGCACCAAGCAAUAA